UGUAAGUCGCGCAAAGCGUGCCCCAAAGAGCGUGUCGGUCAUGGGCGUCUUACGGCAAUGAAGUCGGCUCGAUUGGGCUACAUAAUUCCCAAGAAGAGCCUGUGAAUGCAUAUGCUGUAUUACAAAGUACCUAUAAGCCACACACACACUCGUAUAUCGUCGAGUUGCCGCGACAGCGUUCAGCGACAACCGAAGUGACAAGCGGACUCCACGGUUCCGCGGUGCGAAUUCUCCCGAGAUCACCUGCACGUAUCAAGGCCUAAAUUUUAGAGUACAUUAAAGCAAGGCCCUUGGGACAAGUCGGCGACCAGUUCGGCGUUGUUCUCAAGCGCCGGAGGACUUGAACCGGCGCUUGAUGGUGAAACCGCACCGCUGCAAGUGCAGCGGCGCGAUAGCAGCUAGUCAUGUAGAUUCAGGCUUCAGUGUAAGUAUGAUAGUAGCUGUGCUGGCCCUGGCGGCUCUCGCCGUCGUGCCGGGGCAUGCGGCAGACAUGCGACCUGAGCUCAAGGUUUCUCGGGCACGCGCAUCAGCUGGUGUUGCGCCCGAGGAGAUUCACUAUGAGUUCCUGCUAACCUGCCAUGCUGACGGGUUGCGCAGCCCCUGGGCCACCUACUACAUCAACUUUGGCGAUGACUCGCCGCCCGCCACCGGCCACGUGCGCUGCCCCACCACGGAGGAGCUCGUGCACGUGAGCCACACCUACCACUACGACGCCCGCACCCGCGCCGCCGCCACCGCCGCCGCAACCACCGCCGCCACUACCGCCAGUGACGAGGCUGCUGCUGGUGUUGCUGCCAAGGGCGAUGGCGUUGCUGCUGAAGCCAGCGGCGGCGCUGCCAGCGGCCAUGGCGCCAUGCAUGUGAUCAGCCUCUCGCUCAAGGGCCCCGGCGGCGAGUGGGUGGACGUGCCCAACGCCCGGCGCGCCAUUGUGGUGAUCCCGCCCCGUCCCGCCGGGCGCUCCCUCCUUGCCGCCGCCUGGCCGCCGGAGUCGUCCUCCCCUCCCGACGCCUCGCCGCCCGGCGGGUGGACGGCGCCGCACGCCCUGGCCACCAACAUGCCGCCGGAUGCCGCCGGCACCGGCGCCUGGCCUCCCAGCGGCAGUUACGGCGGCGAUUGGUUUGAGCCGCCUGACGCCAGCGGUGGCGGCGCCGCCGCCCCGCCCACCUCAGGGCUGGAAGGGGCGCCCCCGCCCUGGACGGACGAGCCGCCCAAGUCGCCGGAGGUGUGGGAGUACGACCCGCCGCCGUACGAGGCACACGACGCCCCCACCAGCCCGCCAUCCCCCGCGCCCCCCGCGCCCCCCGCCUACCCCGCCGGCAUGCCGCAGGCGGCAGACCCGCCGGCACCUAUGCCAGCAUACCCGCCGUCACCUUCGCCGAUGUACCCCACAGUGCCGUUGGCCUCCCCGCCGCCCUCACCCGUGCCAGCAUACCCAUCGCCGUCGCCUGAUCCCUCGCCAAAGCCGUCGCCAGCGCCAUCGCCGUCGCCGUCGCCCUCAUACCCAUCGCCGUCGCCCGGUCCUUCGCCCGACCCGUCACCCGCGCCGUCGCCCACCCCGUCGCCCUCAUACCCGUCGCCGUCGACCGUGCCGUCACCCACCCCGUCGCCUUCAUACCCAUCGCCUGCCCCAUCGCCUUCGUACCCAUCGCCGUCGCCUGCGCCGUCACCCACCCCGUCUCCUUCGUACCCAUCGCCGUCGCCCAGUCCUUCGCCCACCCCAUCACCCACGCCGUCGCCUACCCCGUCGCCCUCAUACCCUGUCGUGCCCACGGCGUCCCCGCCCGCACCUGUGCCCUCAUACCCAGCGCCCCCUCCCUCGCCUGCCCCUCCCUCGCCUGCCCCUUCCUCGCCCGCCCCUCCAUCGCCGGCGCCUCCUUCGCCCGCCCCGGCGUCGCAGCCUGGAUCCACGUCUCCCGGGGCCACUAGCCCCACCGCCCCGGUCCCGCCCUCACCCGCGCCGCCAAUGCCCUCGACUUCCCCUUCCUCGCCCGCCCCUCCAUCGCCGGCGCCUCCUUCGCCCGCCCCGGCGUCGCAGCCUGGAUCCACGUCUCCCGGGGCCACUAGCCCCACCGCCAUGGCCCCGCCCUCGCCCGCCCCUCCAUCGCCGGCGCCUCCUUCACCCGCUCCGCCGUCGCAGCCUGGAUCCACGUCCCCCGGCGCCAGUAGCCCUACCGCCCUGGCCCCCCCCUCGCCCGCCCCUCCAUCGCCGGCGCCUCCUUCACCCGCUCCGCCGUCGCAGCCUGGAUCCACGUCCCCCGGCGCCACUAGCCCUACCGCCCUGGCCCCCCCCUCGCCCGCCCCUCCAUCGCCGGCGCCUCCUUCACCCGCUCCGCCGUCGCAGCCUGGAUCCACGUCCCCCGGCGCCACUAGCCCUACCGCCCUGGCCCCCCCCUCGCCCGCCCCUCCAUCGCCGGCGCCUCCUUCACCCGCUCCGCCGUCGCAGCCUGGAUCCACGUCCCCCGGCGCCAAUAGCCCUACCGCCCUGGCCCCGCCCUCGCCCGCCCCUCCAUCGCCGGCGCCUCCUUCACCCGCUCCGCCGUCGCAGCCUGGAUCCACGUCCCCCGGCGCCACUAGCCCUACCGCCCUGGCCCCGCCCUCGCCCGCCCCUCCAUCGCCGGCGCCUCCUUCACCCGCUCCGCCGUCGCAGCCUGGAUCCACGUCCCCCGGCGCCAAUAGCCCUACCGCCCUGGCCCCGCCCUCGCCCGCCCCUCCAUCGCCGGCGCCUCCUUCACCCGCUCCGCCGUCGCAGCCUGGAUCCACGUCCCCCGGCGCCACUAGCCCCACCACCCUGGCCCCGCCCUCACCCGCGCCUCCUUCACCCGCUCCCGCCGCCUCCAGCUGCUCCGCCCUCAAUGCCGGUGCCUCCACCACAUCACAACUCAUGGCCUCGUUUGAGAUCGCCAAGUGCGCCGACGGCGCUGCCAGCAGCCCCGCCGCCUGCUCCGCCGCCGCCGGCACGCCGCUGGCGGUGCAGUGCGUGGUGGCCCCCCACUACGACGCAAACAUCAGGGAGCUGGCGUUCUCAGUUGGCUGGAGCCCCGCGGCACUGCUCGCCAACCCCGCCACCUCGGCCUUGGCCACCUCCGGCUUCAACGGCACCGUGUACCGCUACGCGCUGCCCCCCGACCGGCCCGCGCCGCCGGCGGGGCUGUACCAACUGCUGCUGCUGUCCAGUGCGGCGGUGGGACAGCGCGUGGUGCUGGAGCUGGAGGACGGCUCCUCACUGGACGUGACCAAGGUCGGCGCCACCUCCUCCCCCGCGCCCACCGCCGUCACGCCGCCCACCUCCCAGGACGCCGCCGGCAACGCGCUGUAUCUGGGGCUGCUGCUGCCCGCCCGCCUCGCAGCCGUCACCGUGACCUUCACAGUGCCUGGCGGCGCGCCGGCGGAGUCUGGAUCCAUCCGCCUCAUCCAGAUCGAUGCCGGCAGCUGCCCUGCCACAACGGGAUCCGGAUCCGGAUCCGGAUCCGGGUCGACCAUGGUGGAUCUGCAUGUGGAGGGCUGUGUGAACGCGACCGAGCCGGCCAGCUGCGGCGGCGCCACCCAGCCAGUGGCGCGGCAGUGCGCGCCCGGGCCCACCGUGGAUGCCUGGAUGCGGGAGCUGCACUGGGGUGCGGGCUGGAACACCAGCGCCCUGCCAGCCGGCCUGGGCUCCACCUCGCCCUUCGCCGCCUCCCUGCUCCGCUACGACCUCCGCCCCGCCGCCACUGCUGGCGCCGCCGCGCUGCCGCCGCUGCCGGCCGGCGCCUACCAGCUGCACCUGCUCACCGCGAACGCCAGCGCCGGCGCUGAAGUGGGCGUGCAGGUCAUUCUGGAGCUGGCAGACGGCUCCAACAUAACCGCCACCAAGACCCAGCUACUCCACUCCAGCGCCCCCGGCGUCGACUGGCCGCAGCAGCUUGCACCCACCGCCGCCGAUGCCACCACCGGCUCCGCCUUCUAUCUGCAGCUGCUGCUGCCCGCGGCCGUAGAUUUCGUGACCGUGACGUUUACUGUACCAACCGCAGCCGCCGCACAGUCGGCCGGUGUCCGGCUCCUCUACCAGGCCCCCGUGCCGGUGGUUUCUCAGCCCGUUACCCCCAGCGCUGGCGGCGCCGCCUUGUGUCUGACGCCGGCAGUGCCGCUGGCGAUCACAGACUGCGAUAACGGCGGGGACCCGGCCACCUGCGCCGCCGCCGCCAACGACACCAGUCGCCCGCCACUGGCACUGCAGUGUGUGGCCCCCGCACCCGACUAUGAUCCGGUCCACAUGGAGCUGGCGUGGGCGGCUGGCUGGCGCCUGUCGCAGCUGCCAGCGCCCUACCAGGCCACCGGCUUCAACGCCACCCUGUACCGCCAUCCCGUCACCGUCGUCACCAGCGGCGGCAGCAGUAGCGCCUCCUCCGGCGCCUACACACUGCAGCUGCUGGGCGGUGGCACCGUUGCCACCCGCGUCGUGUUGGAGCUGGCAGACGGCACAGUCAUGACCGCCACACAGAACGGCAUCACCGCCAGCGGCGGCACCAGCAGCGCCCUCGCCGCGGUGCUGCCCGCGCCGCAGCGCGACGCGGCCGGCAACGCCGUCUUUCCCGGCAUGCAGCUGGCCGCGCCCCCCGCCUUCCUGACCGUGGUGUUUGUCGUACCGGCGUCAUACGGCGCCGAGUCCGCCGCUGUACGGCUGCUGCUGGAGCGAAACCUGCCGCCUUCGCCGCAGCCCCCCUCCCCUGAGCCUCCUUCCCCUGAGCCACCCAGCCCUAAGCCACCCAGCCCUGAGCCUCCCAGCCCUGAGCCACCCAGCCCUGAGCCUCCCAGCCCUGAGCCUCCCAGCCCUAAGCCACCCAGCCCUGAGCCACCCAGCCCUGAGCCUCCCAGCCCUGAGCCUCCCUCCCCUGAGCCACCCAGCCCGGAGCCUCCCAGCCCUGAGCCACCCAGCCCGGAGCCUCCCAGCCCUGAGCCACCCAGCCCGGAGCCUCCCUCCCCCGCGCCUCCCUCCCCCGCGCCUCCCUCCCCCGCGCCUCCCUCCCCCGAACCUCCCUCCCCUGAGCCUCCCUCCCCCGAGCCUCCCUCCCCGGCGCCUCCCUCCCCCGCGCCUCCCAGCCCCACGCCUCCCUCCCCCGCGCCCCCGUCGCCAGCCCCCUCUGUCCUGGAUUACCCUCCCUCGCCUGCGCCGCCCAUGCCCACUCCCAGCCCAGUCAGCCCCAGCCCCAGCCCACACCCGGGCAACAGCGGCAGCCCGCACCCGGGCAGCAUCAGUGUCAGCCCGCCGCGGCCGCCAGCCGGCUUCGCCACCCCCCCCCUGCGCGGUAACGCCUACGACGGCUACCUGGACGGUUGCACGGUGUACCUGGACAUUGACAACAACCAGCAGUACGACGCCGGCGAGCCCGGCAACGCCACCACCUACGCGCUCUUGGCCGGCUCCCGCUCCUCCAACGCCUCCGUGUGGAUUGGCUGGUCGCUGGCUGUGCCCGUGUCGCUGUUGCCGUACGACCGCAUGAACGUGCGGCUGCUGCCCUCCACCACCCUGCCCACCGGACCGCAAGCCACCACCACCAGCAGCAACGCCGGAAACGGCAACGCCGGCGGCAACAACAACAACAGCCCCAACCCAAACUCCAUCGUCGCGGGCACUACCGGCACGCCCGCCGCCUCCUGCUACGACGCCGCCACCUACCUCAAGCUGGCCGUCGGCCUGUCGGCGCCCGCCGCCGCCUGCUCCGUCAUCAGCCCGCUCUCGACGCUGAUCGUACACUGGGCCGAGCCAAUCGCAACCGCCAACGGUUCUAUCUCGUACAACGACGCCGUUGCGGCGGCGCGGGACCAGAUUGCAACGGUGCUCGGCCUGGCGGCGCAGGCCGGCGGCCAGAUCUGUACGACGGAUUCGUACCGUGCCCUCAUUCUGGACAACAGCCCCGCCGCUGAGGCGAUGCUGCGAGCUGAGCAGGCGGUUAUGUCGGUUGCGGUGGGCGUCUGCUCCUACGUGAUGACCUCCCGCGCCGGGCUGCCCGCCUGCGGCCCGCUCGCCUUCGACGCCCUGACCCAGCAGCUGCGCGAACUGCUGGGACCCAACGCCUCCGCCGCUGCCGGCUCGGGCUCCGGCACCACCCCCAUCCCCGCCGCCGCGCUGCAGAACAUCACGCUGCUGAGCGCUGUGCUCUCCACCACGCUCACAGCCGCCGCAGGUGGCCUGGACGGCGGCGCAGCCGCCACCGCCGGCAUCGUGCCGGUGCAGUCCGCGCUCGCCGCCGCCCGCCUGGCCGCCGCCGCCGACGGCCUCCAGCGCGCCCUGCAGCUGCAGGCCAGCGCCGCCACCCUGGAUGACAUGCUGCUGUACGGCUUAGUCAGCCAGGACUACCUUGCCGUACAGCUGGCGGCGCUGGGCCGCUCGUCCAACGUCAGCGCCGCCGCCGCCGCCGCAACCUUCCAGGCCGCCACGACGGCGGCGGCGCUGCGCGCCGCCGCUGCCGCCAUCGGCACCCUGCCCGGCGUCAUCCUGCCUGGCUACGCAAACAUCCAGGUUGGCGGCGGCACUGACGGCGGCGGAAACGGCGCAAGCCGUGCGCCGCCGCCGCCAGGCAACAGCAACGUUGGCGUGGGCGGCGCCGGCGUCCUGGGCGCUAAGGACUCGUCCUCUGCUGGCGUGAUCGCGAUUGGCGUGAUCAUUCCCUGUGCGGUCAUCCUGCUGCUCCUGGCCUUCGUCAUUGUCUACAGACGCCGUCAGAGGGCCAUGCGCUACUCCGUUGCCGAGCCGCGCACGUCGGAGGUAGCGGCCGGCGCCGCUGGUGCCGCCGGCGUGCGGGCAUCCGCCGGCGGCGCCGCCGUCGUGGGCAGUAGCAGCAGCGAGAGCGGCAGUGGCAGCGGCGGCAGCAGCGCCGCCGCCGGCGGGCCGCCGGCCCUGUCCGUGACAGACGUGGAGACGGCGUCGCCUUUGGUGUCACCGAUGAUGUCGCCGAGGGAAACCUCUAGUAGUGGCGGCGCCGCCGCCGUCGGCAUCGCCGCCGCACCGCCGACCGUGUUCGCCUCCGCCGCCGCCUCGUCCGUCGGGCUCAGCGCCGCCGCGCCCAUCGUCGCCGCCACCAUGGAUGCAACACCUGCUGCUAGAGGCGGCGGCGGCGGCGCCCCCAUCAGCUCAUCGGCUCCUCGCAGCCCUGCCGGCAUCGGUCAGCUCGGUGGCGGCGGCGGCGCCGCCGGCCUGCUCGCCGCCGGCAUCACCAGCAGCGGCCGGGCGAGCGCCAACGGCUCCAACCGCUCCGUAAACCGCAACUUCAUCUCGUACGGCGACCCCAACAGCAUGCGGCCCUCCAACGACGGCAGCGCCGCCGCCGCAGCCGCCAUGAGUGUGCUGCGCACCUCCAACACCCUCUACAACGCCCCUGACUCCGUGCCCUCCACCCCCGGCGCCCCCAACACGGCUACUGCCGCUGCCGCGGCUGCAGCUACUGCCGCAGCUGCAGCUACUGCCGCGGCUGCAGCUACUGCCGCGGCUGCAGCCCAACCUUCAGAGGGCGGUGCCGGCGGCGCUGCUGCCGCGCAGCAUCACGGGGUGGUUGUGCAGCCGUCGGACGUCAACCUCCAGGAGUACCUGCGGUCCACAAGCAUGGGCGGCGCCUCCGACCAUCUCGUCAUCUACGCCUCCGCCUCCUCCGCCACUGCAGCGGCUGCCGCCGCCGUUGCCGCGCCAGCGGAAGCGCCGAACGCGUUCGCCAGUGCGGCGGCAGCAGCUGCGGCUGACGCUGCAACUGCUGAUGUGAACGGCGGCGGCGCCAUUUCCGCCAGCCCGCCCAUUCGUGCUGCCGCCCUUGUGGGAUCCGAGUCGAUUGCGGCUGCUCACGGCCUGACGUCUUCUCCCUUCUAUCAGGGCUCGGGUGCGACGACGCCGCGGCCCUUGGAUUGAGCGAGGGGCGGAAGUAGCGGG